AUGAAUCAUCGGCUUCCCGCUUCCACCUUCCAUAGCACACACAUGCGGCUUCGACUGAUAGAGUUCCUCAUCCAAUGCUCUCAGGAACUCGAGGUCGCGCCGAACGUCAAAUACGCCGCAUUAUCAUUCUUCGCUGAUCGAUUCUACCCCUCUUUGUCCAGGUUGGCACAAGGCGAUGACACGGCAAACUGGCUUUUGCAACCAAUAAGAGAGAGCAAUUUGCAGUUGUUUGUUCUUAUUUCUCUAUGGAUUUCAAGCAAAAUACAUGAUUCUCGUCCACUGUCUGUGAAAAGUUUGAAGUCUUUGGGAGACAAAACUAUCAAGGAACAACAUUUUGCUACUCGAGAUUUCUUAGAAGCAGAGUUGGUCUUAUUGCAGGUGUUGGAUUUUGAGAUUGGUACAGCAAACAAUGCUUUCAAUUUCUUUCAGGAGCUUUAUAUUCAUUUCAAGGGAGUGGCAAAAGUUGGGGAAGUUUUGGACUUUGAAGCAUGCAUGGAUAUCAUGGAUCUUCUCUAUGAAAAGGAGGAGACAUCAAUUCGUUAUAGUUCUCCUUGUUCUCUUGCUGCAUCAAUCUUGGUUGCUUCAUAUGUCAUUACGGUCCCUAAACAGAGAUGGGAGUUUCCUGUUCUUCCUUGGGUGAAGUUUGUAACAUCAUGCGAAGAAGAGGAUAUUAUAGAAAUCGUCAGAGACAUUCUGAACCACGUGUUUCAGCCUGAUUCGUCUCUGUUACAGGGCAUUUGAUUGAUUUUUACAAGCAAGCACUAAAGUCUGAUGGAUACGGUGUAAAGCUACUUUUAGAUUUACGUUAUA